AUGAAGAAUCUGCUGUUAUGGGUUUUUAUUUCCACAGUUGUAACAGCAAUUGGAGUGUCUGAAGAUGAUAUCCAAAUUGUGUGUGAGGAAAGUUCAGUUCGCAUUAGAUGGAAAGUGAACAAAUCCAUGCAUGGAAAUCCACCUGGUCUUCUCCUCGGUAACUGCUUUCCUACAAGCUUCACGGAUACGUCAAAAGGCCACGCAGAGGCAGAAUUUAUCUAUCAACUCAGUGAUUGUCAAUUCAAAAGGAUGGGGACGUGGAAAUAUUUGAUCUAUGCGAAUACACUGACUCACAGGCCUUUGUCAAAGACCUCCCCUCCUUUCACAUAUCCAGUGAGAUGUGUGUAUGACAGGCCGCAGGGUUGGACCCCUUUCUACCAGAGUCCUGCUCAAGGUCAUGGAGAACUGGCUUAUCACAUGGCAAUUCUUAACCAGAAUUUCAGUGGCCCAGCCGAAUCCAAUGUCUUUCCUCUGGGUUCUUUUAUUCCUAUAUGGGCCGAGGUGGACCAGCAAGCCCAUCAGCCCCUGGUGCUGCUGCUGGAGGAAUGUGUCGCCUCCACAACUCUUGAAAUGUACCCAGACACCCUUACGUACCCACUCAUCACCAAUGAAGGGUGUCUUGUGGAGGGAAAGAAGACCUUCUCCAGGUUUCUACCAAGGUAUCACUCCUCAUCCAUCUUGCUUCAUCUCCAAGCCUUCAGAUUUGCUGUAGGAGAAGAGGUGUACAUCCACUGUAAGUUAAUCGCGUGGGACCCUGAGGAUCUAAAUGAAUCAAGGAAAGCCUGUAACUACAAUAAAACCACAGAAAAGUGGGAGCUUUUGGAUAACUCCAAGAAGAACCAGCUUUGUCAGUGCUGUGAUUCUACUUGUAAAGGCCGACCGAAGCGAGAUGCUGAAUCUGCACCCCAAGGGCUGGUUCUCAAAUCCGUGUUGGGACCCCUGACAAUUACUGAAGAUUAACCGCGAUUUUAGCCCAACGUAACAAAUUCAUCAUGAAGAUGCUGAAUUUAUUUGAAGUGAGUCCAAGAAGUCGUCAGUUAUGUCACCAUCUUUUAUACAUGUUGUCCAUUAAAA